AUGUCUGACUGGAGGUUUGACCUCACUAAUCGGGUUCGGAUCAUCUGGGGAAGACCCAUCCGGAUCGAGGAGCAGCUGACAGAGGUUCCCGAUCCGAGAUAUGCUGAAAUACAGGUUCUAACUCUGGCACGCUAUGAGGAUACUAACGAGCCAAUUAUGCUGAAGAUCCGCUAUGAACUGCGGCCUGAGAGCUUCGAUAUCAGGGACCAGGCAUAUUUGCAGACAAUGCGAGAGCGGGCUCAAGAGGACUACCUCGAAGAGGUGAAGCUGGUCGAGGAUGUGGAAGAGAUUGGCCACGGACCUGCAUACCUCAGCCACGUCACUCAGCGGGCUGGAGAGAUGUUCCCUUAUCCUGACGGUAUUGUGAACUUUAUCAUCAUGUCGCGGGUGCCUGGGGAGAAUGUGGCCCGUAUCUUCCUCACUCUUUCAAACCAACAACUUGAAAGCAUUCGAAGGCAGCUCGCCAUCACGCUCGAGCACAUGCGCCAGAGAAUGUUCGUUCUGGCUCAUCAGAGUCCACAUUUCCUUCAGUACGACAGGGCGACUGACAAGCUGUACAUCGUUGAUUUCAGCUACAUGAGCUUCACGAACCCCGAUGAUCCCCGUUCACAACCCAUUACCAUCGAUCACAUGUACGUCCUCGGAUUCGAUAUCUGGCACCGUGGUGAAUUUGAGCCUGGAAGUUGA